GUUCAGGGGGCGGAGACUCAAGAUGGCGGCGCCCAUCGCGCAGGAGCUGGAGCGUCUGCUCAACCCGCUGCCCGACGCGUUGGUGGACCCGGAGGACGACCCCGAAGAUGCCACGGCCGCCAGAGUUGUUGAAAAGUUUGACGAAGGAGGCCCUGAAGAUGACUUUCCCGCGGUUGGCCUCAUACGCAUGGAGAGGUCUCCACCCAGCCGCAAGAAGUGGAUGCCCGGCCGAAGCUGAUACACGAUGGGAAGAGGCCCCACGAUCCGCUUAAAGCCAUGGAAGACCAGCUAUGGGGGGAGCCGAAGUCAGCAGAUAAAGAAACUUCAGAGGAAGAGGAAAGCGAGGAAAGUGGUCUUGACAGUGAAUCCCUGGAGGAGGAAAUGAAUGAUGAAGACCCAGACAUGGAGGAGGAGGAGGAGGAAGCUACACACAGCAUUGACAGUGGCGAAGAGGACAGGAGAGAUCCGUUGGCGAAUGUGAAGAAAGCAGAGCUCCACUUCCAGGCUAUGGAUGAUUUUGAGAAGUUUGCUGAGGGGAUGGACGACGUGGAGAGCGGUGAGGAGGAAGAGGAGGAAGGCAGUGGCGAUGAAAUCACUUCCGAGGAAGGCUCUGAAGCCGAGGAUGGCGCAUCGGGUGCGGAAGACGGCGAGCAGGACAGGACGCUCUUGACGUUCUCCGAGGACAAAGUAGCUGACGAAGUGGAGAAGGGGAAAGCUGUGAAAAAUCAAAUAGCACUGUGGGACCAGCUUUUGGAAGGGCGGAUCAAGCUGCAGAAGGCCCUCGCGACAGCGAACCAGCUUCCGCAGCCAGACACCUUCCCGGCGUUCAAGACACGAGGGGGGCCGGAGCUUGCCGGGGCGCUCAAAGACAGUCACAAAGCCCUAAAAGCUUUGCUGAGGUCGUUGGUGGAUCUUCAGGACGAGCUGCUCUGCCAGUAUUCAGGCCACGAGACAUCUGGUCGGUGGGUGGACAAUCUGUGGAAGAAAGAGAGGAAGGUCGAGUUUGUGACCAAGCGGUUUGCCGACUGGCCCUAUAGGAACAGCACCUUGCAGAAGUGGCACGACAAGGCAGAAGCUGGCCUCGAGGGAAAACUGGGAAAGGCAAGGAGGGCCUUUGAGCGUUCAGUCUUGACUCAGAUUGAUCAUAUUCUGGACAGAGAGAGAUUGCUCCGGCGGACCAAGUCACGGGAGCCGAGACACUUCCAGAAGCUGUCCCAGGACAUCACGGAGGCCCUUCCGAUAGCUGAAGCCAACACACAUCUGAAAGACCUGGAUGAAGAGAUCUUUGAUGACAGUGACUUUUACCACCAGCUUCUCCGUGAACUUAUUGAACGCAAAACCAGCUCCUUGGACCCAAAUGAUCAAGUCGCGAUGGGCAGGCAGUGGCUGGCUAUCCAGAAACUACGGAGCAAAAUCCGGAAGAAGGUAGACCGAAAGGCCAGCAAGGGAAGGAAGAUCCGGUAUCACGUCCACAGCAAGCUGGUGAGCUUCAUGGCGCCCAUUGACCACUGCACAAUGAACGAUGACGCCAGAACUGAGCUGUAUCGGUCGUUAUUUGGCAAAAUAGCUCAUCUUGAACAAGGUGACCCACCUCAGGAGCUGUGAGAGAAGAGCCGUUUGCCGCAUUUGACCCCCUUCCGCUACGUAGCAACACUCUGUUGCCCUUCCUCUCCAGUUGAUGGAGCUGCCAUUGUCACUCCUGGAGAGUCUCUUCCGUGGCCCUCGGUGGAGUUUGUCCCGUGGCGCGACGGGCAGAAUGGAAAUCCGCCUUCACUCUUCUGUCUUCACUCUCUUCUGUCUUCACCUGAGCCCUCCGGGGGAGGGCGGUAUAUAAACCUAACCAAUAUAAACCUAACCAAUAUUCCUUUUGAAUUCUGCCCACCUUUGCUGCCCUUUCAGACAGGAGGCGCUUUGGAGUUUUGGAUCGAUCAGCUUUCAAAAAGGCACGAGGCGGCCGCCCUGCCGGAAUGAGUAUCAAGUCUGCAGCAAGCGUGAAACGGGCCCCGAGGGGCUGGUACGAGACCCCAAAGGCCGGCAGCAUAAACAUCUUCCAAGGUCUCAGGAGCCGUUGCUAGACCUCAGUCUGAUGAAAGCAGAACGCGGCAACCUCUUUGUGCACGUAAGACCGCACGGAUUGUCCCCAAAGGAUUGUGCAUCUGUGUGUCUAAUGGAACGCCUCAAAAGUCGGCCUGAAACUUAUCAGAAAUUGGACCCGUGUGUUUUGCUAGAGACGGAGCGCCAGCUCUUUAAUGGAUGUCGCUGGUGAAUACUCAGUGUUUCAAAUCAUCCAGCUUUGGGAGGGACGGGGGUGGAUUUUUCCUAUGCGCAUUUUGGAAAUUGCGACAAGAGAACUGUUCACCUCAAAAGUGUCGACGCUCUCAGAAGUUCAGCUGGUUCUUCUGAUCGGUGGUUUCCAGCCAGACCUAACCCAAGUUGUCUCAUUGCUUUUUGGACACCAUAAUUCGGAAUCUAUAAAUGCUUGUGAGUCUUUCUGCAACUGUAGAUCUUACAAGUAUUUAAUUAUUUUUGCUGGUGAGGACUCAUCGAGACCUCUUUCCUCCCAGCAGAGAGACACUGUGUGUUAGAGGUGAGCCCUGGUGUAAAUCUCGCGAAGGGAAGAUGAUUCACUUGUUUUUAUUCAGAAGGUCAAAAAGCUGGGAAUUAAAUCUCCAUAAAGUGGAUUUAUUAGCUUGCUAUGAUCAAUCUCCAGUGGAGAUUAUCUUGCGUAAAUAAUACACGCAUAUGUAACGGAAUGGUGGGAGCGAUGAUCUUUUGAGCUGCCCCCUCCCUCCCCAAAAUUCAAUAAAGUAGUUUACUUUGUAAGCUCUGAAUGAACAUGA